AGCAGGACAAGAUGAACACCCUGCUAGGAAUUGAGAUAAUCGAGAUCCUGUCUCUGGAGAGACUGGUGAACCAGAGCCGCUGUCUGUGCCACAUUAAGCCCUGCUCAGCCUUCAUGGACCAGCUGAGGUGGACAGACAGAAAGACGCUGUGGGGUCUUUGCUGGCUGCUGCAUGCCGUCAAUCUGGAUUACCCAGAACUCUGUUCUUUCAUAAUCAGGAACAUAAGGGACAGGAGACCUCUGGCACCAGAUGAGGGACAACCGUGGGAAGAUGGAGAGGCCGCAGCUAGCCCAAAGAGGAAAGGAUACAUGGCAGCAAAAAUAACCUUGGUAAAGUACAACACCUUCAAGAAAAGGACCAAAGGACCAAAGGCCCAAGACCCCCUUACUACUACCCAUUUGAGACAUUGACAGUUUUAGUUGCAGAUCCAUUUGAUCUUGAUAAGAUUCCUAUAGUUUCAGUACAGUAAAGGUGUUAUGUGUGAACUGAUACACAUUUUGUAAUGUAGGAUCAUAUGAAGAAAAAGAAGGGAGGCCUGCCCUGCCUGCAAACCCUCCACAACCUCGUUCUAUUACCUCACAUCUUAAACUUAUGGAUUACAACUGGAGUUUCCAUCGGCUUUUGAAGGACAAUUUAAAAAGACCUGACAGCACAUUUUUCUUAGUAGCCACUGUGUAGGACUUACAAAGCCAAUACACCUCUGAGAAAUGUGUGUUUACAAAGCUCAUCACUAAG